UUUAUCUGACUUUUGGUUUAUUGGGUGAUACUGUGUCAGGAAUAAUGUAUCGGAAUGAAAUGGAAAUAGAAUUCAUACCACCAGGCACUAGUUCCCUUGAGGAAAGUGGUUCUUCUGGAGGAGAGAGUGCACCUCAUGAGAGUGAUGACGACUUCUAUGUGCCGGAGAGGAGGCCUUCUCUAGACCUGGCGCCUGAGCCUACUCCCAUGGAAACUAGUCACCAGUGGCCUGGUCUUGCCCAGUCUCCAGCUUUGAGUUACACCUCCAUGAUGAGCGAAGAUUUCUAUCAAUCACAAGAAACGAAUGCCGAUUAUGAAUCCCUUACAAGAGUACACAUGGAACAAGCAGAUUCUUUCUCAAGCUGCUACUCCUACGAUAGUGAUGAUUGUGACAAAAGAACACGCAAGUAUAACUACACAUCUAUAUGUGUAUGCAUAAGGGUUCAUAGCAAAGCGGAUGCUGUCUCGAUACCUUCUGAAAGACCAGAGUUAAUACUGGACCCAAAUGAAAUUAGGCACCCUUCUCUGACAGUGGCAUUCACAUUUAAGACUAUCAGCAAAAUCUUGGGGAAUUUGUCAGAGGAGGAACUGAAGCACUUCAAAGUGACCUUGUGGCAGCGAUACCCCGAGACAUUCAGCAGCCCCCCUCAAGGCAUGGACAUGGUGGACCUUGUGGACAGGCUGCUAGAGUAUUACGACCUCCAAGUGUCUCUGCAGAUCACCAAGGCCUUACUUGAGAUAAUGGGGAAAACCAAGCUUAUUGAUUAUCUCCAGGAGCUGUGCAUUAGAAAUGAAGUACGCUUUGACCUAAAAAUGACUCUGAAGAGGAAGUACGGCAAAGUAGGUGAGAGUUUGGCUAUGCAAGGAGAGAGUGCCUUUGACAGUGUUUUCACUGAUCUCUACAUUAUACUGACUGGGGACCAUGGCCCAAAUAUUCAACAUGAGAUUAGACACAUAGAGAAGCUGAACACCCAUUGCAAACCAGAGAAAAUGGUUUUAUGCGAGGACAUCUUGAGUUUGCAAAUGGUCAAGGAGGACUAUGUGAGGAGUGUUUUGACCACUGGGAUGGCAGGGGCAGGAAAGUCCAUGGCAGUACAGAGGUUCAUCUUGAACUGGGCUGAGGAGCGAUCACACUCUCAUAUCUCCUUUUUAUUUCCGCUGCCAUUUGCAGAGCUGAAUGACCUCCAGGACUCUAAGCUCAGCCUUUUGGACUUACUGAAUCAGUUAUACCCUGAAACCAAAAAGUUAAAAGACUUAAGUAUUGAUGAAGAAAUUAUAAUGUUUGUCUGUGAUGGCCUGGAUGAAUACAGACAGGAACUUGACUUCAAAAGCACUUUUAUUUGUACUGACCACAAGAUGCCUCAUUCUAUAAAUGAAAUUAUGGUCAACCUGCUCAUGGGACGCCUAUUCUAUAAAGGCCUGCUCUGGGUGACUUCUCGCCCUCGAAGGUCACGGAGCAUGCCUGCUGACUCAGUGCACAAGUUGAUAGAGGUGCGUGGAUUUACUGAAACCCAGAAGGAGGAGUGCUUCAAAAAGGCAUUCAAAGAUCCAGAGCAAUCAGGUCGUGUUAUUGCCCAUCUUAACUCUUGCAAAACCCUCCACAUCAUGUGUCACCUGCCCAUGUUCUGUUCAGUGUUGACAAAUGCUUUCCUGCGGGCAUUUAGAGAACACGGACCACAAGCAGAGCUGCCCAGGAGCAUCACCCCAGUGUAUACAGAGUUUGUCCUUGAGCUCCUGCAAACACGCAGCCUCAAAGCUUCGGCCCAGAGUUUGAAGGGAAAGAGAGACUUCCUCAUGAAAUUAGGGCGGAUGGCCUUUAUGAUGCUGGAAAAAGGCGAUAUCAAGAUGACCAUGUCUCACUGGAAAGAGAGUGGGGUAGAUAUUGACGAGGCAGUGGUCAACAGUGGUCUCUGCACAGAGUUUACUGUAGAACAAUUCAUCAUGUACCGAGAACCGGUCUGGUGCUUUACACACCUCACAAUUCAGGAGUACUUGGCUGCCCUCUAUGUUUUUCUCUCAUGUCAAAACCACGGAAAGGAUGUAUUCCGGGGGUCCUUGAAAGGGAAAAUCCCAAAGGUUUUUAAGGCAGCCAGUUUAUUGGAAUUAUACAAAAGUGCUUUAGAGAGGAGCCUUGAUUAUGAAGAUGGAAGACUGGACAUUUUCCUGCGAUUCCUGUUGGGAAUGGGAUUGAAGAAUACCCAAGAACUCCUCGAACCAUUCUUCACUUCUUCUGAGAAGCGGUCAUCAGUCAUUCAAGAUGCUGUCACCUUCAUCAGAAAGAAGAUCGGCGAGAAACCCUAUUCUGACAGGACUGCCAAUUUGCAGCACUGCUUGGAGGAGUUGGGUGCAGAAGCAUCAGAAAGAACAUUCAGGGGCUCUGUCUGAAAAUGACCCCUUCUUCUCUCGGCUAUAGAUAGCAAAGUGUCACAGAACGUAAUAAAAUAGGAACAGUAAAUUCCACUACUACUACUGCUACUACAACAGAACAGUAAAUUCCACUACAAUUAAACAAAAAGAAAAUAAGUGGGGAAGGAAAAAACUGUAGCUCAGUCAUGGUUGGCACUAUGGAAGGAAAGCAAUGAUAAAACUUAGUUGAUAACGCAUAUCCUCUUUUGUGUCUAGCCAGCAGUAUAUGCCACAAUGCUUUAUCAUAAUCUAGAGCCACGCUCUAGAUUACAGCAGAUUACAGCAGAGCAGACUUUCCAUAACUUCACUGAUAAACAGACUGGUGAGGGAAACUCGCAAGGUAGGAGGAGUCUGGCAGUGUUUGUGGUUUUUUGAAAGGUUUCCAAAAUUUUUAUGUGGACUAACACAUACUAGAGCCACCUACCCUCUAACCCCCUCCCCCCCCAUCAGUGCUGGUCACUCGUUGACAGUCACCAGCUGUCAACAUUUAAACUGAAAUGGCACUUUAAUGGGCUGUGUUGCACUUGAAUGGACUGUGUUGUUAAUUGUUUGUGGGGGUUUUUCCCGCCCCGUUUUUGUUUUUACUGGUAUCUUUUUUAGGGAAUUUUUGGAUGUGUAUUUUGUUUAUCUUCCACUGCUGUGGGCUGGGAGAAACGGCAUUUCGUUUUAUUUAUGUGUGCAGUUACAUAGUGAAAAUGACAAUAAACUAAAUCUUGAAUCUUGAAUCUUGAACCUUGACUAUGUAAACCUAACCUGUAUGUUAAUUUGGCAAAUUCAGAUAUAGAUAAAUUAUGGUGGGAAUAGAAUGGUCUUGAGCCCCAUUCAGACAGGGUUGUUUCUCUAAGGAAGGUGGGAAAAUAUAUAUUACAG